GCGAUUGGAAUACCGCCAGCUCCACGCGCCAUGGACGACGUGCUGGCCCAGCUCGGUGAGGACACCAAGGACUUCUGGGCACCGCGGAGCAUUGCACGUAUCCCACCACCCACGCCUAUGGAGUUCUACCGGCACUACGUGAGCAAGAACAUCCCAGUCAUCAUUACGCAUGCCGUGGACCAUUGGCCCGCUUUGACCAAGUGGACCGACGAAUACUUGACAGACACCCUUGGAGACGCGCAGGUGACAGUGGACGUAACUCCAUCCGGCUACGGCGACGCUGUGACAAGCGUAGACACUCACACUAAAGUGUUUGCCAUGCCAGAAGAGCGAUCCAUGUCGUUUCGCACGUUCUUCGAGAUUCUGCGCGACCCAACCUUUGAUGGCGUCCCGUACCUCUCUCAUCAGAAUGACAGCUUGCGCGAUCAAUUCCCCGACUUACUCGAGGACGUCGAUCCGAUGCUUGACUUUGCAGCGGAAGCAUUUGGAAACUCCCCGGAAGCGGUGAACCUGUGGAUUGGCGACGCACGCGCCAUCUCCACCAUGCACAAAGAUCAUUACGAGAACAUGUACUGUGUCGUGCGCGGUCGAAAACACUUCACCCUCUUGCCGCCUUCCGACGUUGCCUUCUUGUACGAGAGAGAGUUCCCCACUGGUCGAUACCGCCACACGUCGUCAACCUCCACGAAAAGCUCCGUCGACUCUGCCUCGAUCCAGUAUCCCUGUACCAACCAUCCGUCGUGGUAAAUCUUCUCGACUGCCACAAGCUUGGAUUGCUGUUGCGGCAUCUCCCUGCACGCCACGUGGUUAGGUCGAUUGUGAUGAAAGACGAUGAGAUGACGCCGUGGAUUCCAGUGGACCCGCUCGAUCCACAAGUCGACGAGUUUCCUCUGGCAAAGCACAUUCAACCAUUGCAUGUCACGAUUGAAGCUGGCGAAACCUUGUAUUUGCCGUCGCUGUGGUAUCACCGCGCGACCCAGCUCACAGAAACGGUGUCGGUAAACUACUGGCACGACAUGGAGUUUGAUGCCAAGUUCGCCUACUUUAACUUUGUCCACGGCGUCGCCAAUGCCAGCCGCCACGCCACCGAAACAUGGCGCACCGCGUGACAGGCAUGCGUUUACAAUUGUAAUGGAAUUCCGUUUCAGGUGUAACUCCUGCACUCGCCUUCCCCGCCGCAUGGCGAGUUCGCCGUUGCGGCCGAAAGAAUCCACUCCACGCCGCGUGGCGAUGUCCUCUCACCCAUGGCCACGACGGAAUUACACCAAACCG